AUGAAGAAAUUGCUGCCCACAGAUAAAAUAACAAGUCUGGGGAUCAAGAACUCUUCUGAGGAAGUGAAAGAAGAGAUUCCAGUCAAUAAUACGGACAAAACGAAGGAAGGCAGGAUGGUGCAUGGGACCGUGCUGUCAAUAGAUGUCCAGCAGAGAGAAGAUGGGAUGGCUGUGAUGGCAGCAUGGGCCAAGCUGGUGGCAGAUGCUCAGGCCAGGAUGAAAGCAGCAACCCAAGGAUUUACCCUGGAACAAUCAGGAAAUCUUGAGGAAGCUGUUGCACAUUUUCCAAAGACGAAGUCUAAUACAACUGCCUCAGCACCUCAGAAAUCUCGGCAUAAGGAAGUGCCUCCUAUGCCCACCCCUCUACCUCCUCUGCAUACCUUGUCCCAAAAUAAUCUGCAGACAUGGUGCCAGAGACUCAACGUCAGUAAAAACGGCCGGAAGCACGUUUUAUACAAGAGAUUUUUGGAACGUGUGUCACCUUCUGAGCAAGACACUUCCAGCAUAGAAGGAAAGGCCCGUUUGAUGAAAAUCAAAACAGAAGCUUCAACUGAAGAUUCUCCGGUGAAAGAAGCAGAGACAGGGACAAAUAAGAAAAAGAAAAGAGAGGUGACAAAGAACUCUCUUGUGCAGACAGCCAGCAUGGCAGCAUGGAGCAGACUCAUGGCCACAGUGAAGUCCAAGGCAGUGUGGGCCAUGCCCACAUCUCUUGAGCCUCUUAGGUCCAAGCAAUCAGAUUUACCACGAUGGUGUGUAGUACAUGGUGAAGCUUUUCCUAAUGAUGCCCCUGGUUCAGCUCCUUUGGAGUUCCAUGCUGGACAGACCUGGGUGCCUGAAAAUUAUACGUUGAUUCCUCUCUUAUUACUGCCGACCUGCUCUUUCCCACCCCCACAAGUAGAAGACAAUUGGUUGUGCCCGAAAUGUGUCAACAGGAAUAAAAUUCUGAUGGACAAUGUUCUAUAA